GGAAAAUUAAGAACUUACCCAAGAUUAUAUAGCUAGUAAGGGACACUUAAGCCCUAAUCUAUUCUUUGCCUUACAAUAAGAAUACAUACUUCAUACAGUUACUGUUAAGCUUAAAUGGGUAAACACAUAUAUGGCACUUAAAACAAUGGGUAGCAGAGAGUAAAUACUCAAUAAGUAUUAACUGUUAUUAGAUUUUACUACUCUGGGGAUAUUAAUCAGACAUUUUAAAGAACUUUCUUCUAUUUUCUCUAUUAUAUCUGUUUGUUUCCUGCUGUUCCUUUUUUGUAGUGUUUUGGCCUUUUCUAUGUCAUGUCAUAGGCAUUUCCUCAAGUGUAUUGUGGUCCUUGGCUUUCUUCUCAUAUUUAAUAAUGAUGAGAUAUCAUAGUGCUGACAGUUGGUUCUUUGUGGGUACAUGAGUCCUAUUGAUGGCAGGGCUUCACUCUAAUGUAACCAUGCUAGGGUAGGGCUAUUACCUUGGGAUAUCCUCAAAUAUCAGUAUUGUGAGUCUUUCAUAUUCUCCAGGUUAGAAUUCUUCAACAUCAUCUGUGUGGGAGAGAGCUAGGGAGAGGAUCAGGCAUAUACCUUGUGACCUACAAUUGAAGAGUAUUGUACGGGGAGGGGCUAGAAAUCUCACCCUUCAGGAUACAAAGUUUGUCUUAAUCUUCCUAGUUUUAGUUUCACACCUCACACUUGCACUCAGUUCUGUCUAGUAUCUCCAAAACUAGAGAUAGUCCAAUUUAAUUUCUCCAUUGAAUAAAUGUUCCAUUCUCUGGCCCUGAGUUUCUUUCCUAUGUAUGUAGAACGAUAAGAGGAUCAGGGAAUUCAACUCUCAUAUAUAUGUACUUUCAAUCAAUAACUAUUUUUAGUCCUUAGCUGACUUCAAUCUUCUCCCAAACUUGAUUCCUCCAAAUCUUGUACGUAAAUGGGAUUAUGUGGGACAAACCCACUAGUUUCUUGUGAAUAUCUCCAAUACCAGAACUUUACUUCAGACAUUUCUUAAAACUGUUAACUGCUCUUCCAUCUGCUUUCGGUCAUCAAAUACAUGUGUUCACUUGUGCAUUCUUAGUUUGUGUGAGUUCAUACCAUUUUGUUAUAUUUGUCAUUUUAGUGGGUAUUUUUAAAAGGGAGGAUAACAGUGUGCAGUCAAUCCACCCACUUGUUAAUUUCUACCCUUUUGUGGUGAUUCAUUUUUCAACCAUGUAUCUUAUAUUUUUAAGAAUGUAAUUUCAACUUUUUUUUCAACUCAUUUUUAAAACACAAACUUGUUAGGUCUCUCCUCCAUCCAUUUUUGAGGGCACUUUUGAGACCUUCUGGGGUGAGCUCCUAGCAUCUAUUCUAAACAGCCUCUGGGGUGAGCUCCUAGCAUCUAUUCUGAACAGCCUCUCUCCUAGUCAAACUAUGCCCUUUGACUAGGGCUGAAACCACCCAAAGCUUAAGAGGUGGUCCCAGACAGGACUAAAACAAAGGCCAAAGAUAGAUCUUCAGAUUCUGGGACUAAAAUCUCCACCUAUAACUCUAUACCUCUUGAAACAAUGAUUGCUUCAGUAGCUGGUAAUGAUCUUAGUUGGUCUAAUUAGAGUAAAACUAAGUUUUUGUUCUAUGAUUGGGAAAGAGAAUCUGUCUCACUGUGUCUUUCUGUGCAGAAAAAGAAAGCAGAUGACCAUAGAUGUAGCUGGAAUAAAUCUUGGGACCCUGAGGGGAGCCGGCUUUGGGAGUAAUUCUGCUUUAAAUGAAACUAACAUGUUUGUGUUUGUGUACUUAUUAAAUAUUUUUUGUAAAUUAUGAGAAACAAGAACUAAAUUAUGGAUUUACACAAUGUGUUCCACCCCACUAUUUUAUUUCGUUUUCUAACAGUUCACAGUUCAUUGCUAUCAAGGAAAUCUACCAGGAUGCCUUCCUGUGCUAUAACAACUAUUUAUAUAUGUCCCAUCUCAUGGUUAAUGCAGUUUCAUAUUCUCUGAGAGCACAUGUACACUUUUCAUUUCCAUGAGAACGUGGCUCAUGUACACUUUCCAUUUCCCCUACCGCCUAAAGAAGCCCAACUAGUGAUGGAAUUUUGUUCAAUUUAACAGUCAUUUAUGCUCUCCUUGUUUCAAGUUUUCAAUCUUCUCUGAAAGAUUACAAGCUCCUGGGGGCCAGGAAUCACAUCUUGUAUUUCUGUGUUCACUACACCUGAGCACUUUCAGUUGUUGGGAUUGUGGGGAUGGAUACUUAAAUGCUUUAAAACAAAUACUAACAGCAUCACAAACUAUAAAGAGUGUAUACAUCAAUUCUUAUGGAAGACAGAAUAUAUUUGUAAUCACUUAAACACGUGAGCAAAACAAUAUUUGUUUCUAGAGAACAUUUAUCUGAAUGGAAUUUCGGUUGCUUUCAUCAAACUGAAAAUCUGUGGAGACGCAUGGUGGCGCUGCAGGAUAAAUCAUAGGGUGGGGAAAACACACUACACUGGAUGAUGUCCUUGAUACUGUUACCCAGUGCACACAGAGCCUGGGGAAGACAGAAAGAACAAGUCUUAAAGGGACGAGCUAGAAGCUAUUCAAAGGGGUUAAAAUCCUUAGCCCUCCGAAGAUUCAGUGGACAUACCAGAGUCACGUUUUCCAGAACUGCGAAGUGAAGCUGAAGCGACUCUGCAGGAAGCUUUGAGAAAGGAACUAUGGAGAACCCAGGGGCAGGCGCUCUGCGGAUAAGGCAAGUCCUGCUUCUCUUUGUUUUGCUGGGAAUGUCUCAGGCGGGCUCCGAGUCUGGGCGUUUUUCGGUGGCAGAGGAAAUGCAGAGCGGGAGCUUUGUAGGCAAUUUGGCAAAGGACCUAGGACUGGAAGUGGGUGAGCUGUCCUCCAGGGAGGCUCGGGUGGUCUCUAAUAAUAACAAACAGCGUUUUCAGCUUAACAUAAACACGGGGGAUUUGCUUUUAAGCGAAGCGCUUGACCGGGAGGCACUCUGUGGCUUCACCGAGCCCUGUGUGCUGCAUUUCCAGGUGUUAAUGAAAAACCCCUUGCAGUUUUUACAGAUUGAGGUAGAGGUCAGGGAUAUAAAUGACCACUCUCCCGUCUUCUUAGAUAAAGUAAUGCUGCUAGAAAUCCCAGAGAAUAGUCCUGUCGGUGCUGUGUUCUUACUAGAAAGUGCGGAGGAUUUAGAUGUAGGAAUCAACACUCUAAAAAGCUACACAAUAAGCCCCAACUCUCAUUUCCACAUUAAAAUGAGAGUCAAUCCAGACAAUAGGAAAUACCCAGAGUUAGUUCUGGACAAGGCACUGGAUUAUGAAAAGCAGUCCGAGCUCAGUCUCAUCCUCACCGCUCUGGAUGGCGGAUCUCCGCCCAGAUCCGGAACUGCCUCGGUUCGGGUGGUGGUCGUGGACAUUAAUGACAACUCCCCGGAGUUUGAGCAGCCAUUUUAUGAGGUGAAGAUUCCGGAGAAUAGCGUACUAGGCUCUCCGGUUGUCACUGUCUCAGCUUGGGAUUUGGACUCGGGGAAAAAUGGGGAAAUAUCAUACAGUUUUUCCCAUGCCUCAGAAGAUAUUCGCAAGACAUUUGAAAUUAAUCAAAACUCUGGAGAAGUUACUUUAAUGGCAUCCUUGGAUUUUGAAACAAUUGAAUCAUACUCAAUAAUCAUUCAAGCCACAGAUGGCGGAGGCCUUUUUGGAAAAUCGACAGUCAGAAUUCAGGUGAUGGAUGUGAAUGACAAUACUCCUGAAGUCACCGUUUCAUCAAUUACCAGUCCAAUCCCAGAAAAUUCGCCUGAGACUGUGGUUAUGGUUUUUAGUAUAGAUGACAGAGAUUCUGGGGACAAUGGGAAGAUGAUUUGUUCUAUCCCAGAAGAUCUCCCCUUCGUGCUCAAAUCUUCAGUUGAAAAUUACUACACAUUGGAAACGGAGGGAAAGCUGGACAGAGAGAGCCAGGCAGAGUACAACAUCACCAUCACUGUCACCGACUUGGGGACCCCCAGGCUGAAAACCCAGCACAACAUAACCGUGCUGGUCUCCGACGUCAACGACAACGCCCCGGCCUUCACCCAAACCUCCUACACCCUGUUCGUCCGCGAGAACAACAGCCCCGCCCUGCACAUCGGCAGCGUCAGCGCCACAGACGCAGACGCGGGCGCCAACGCCCAGGUCACCUACUCGCUGCUGCCGCCACACGACCCGCACCUGCCCCUGGCCUCCCUGGUAUCCAUCAAUGCGGACAACGGGCAGCUGUUCGCCCUCCGGGCGCUGGAUUACGAGGCCCUGCAGGCCUUGGAGUUCCGCGUGGGCGCCACGGACCGCGGCUCCCCGGCGCUCAGCAGCCAGGCGCUGGUGCGCGUGCUGGUGCUGGACGCCAACGACAACGCGCCCUUCGUGCUGUACCCGCUGCAGAACGGCUCUGCGCCCUGNAGCUACCAGUAUGAGGUUGUCACACUAGGACUUUUUUCCUUUUUUUUUUUUUUUUUNCUGUCGGCCAGCGUCACGCUGCACGUGCUGCUGGUGGACGGCUUCUCGCAGCCCUACCUGCCGCUGCCCGAAGCGGCGGCCGACCCGGCGCGGGCCGACCCGCUCACGGUCUACCUGGUCAUCGCGCUGGCGUCGGUGUCGUCGCUCUUCCUGUUCUCGGUGCUGGCGUUCAUCGCGGUGCGGCUGUGCAGGAGGGGCAGGGCCGCCUCGCUAGGUGGCUGCUCGGUGCCCGAGGGCCACUUCCUGGGCCACCUGGUGGACAUCGGCGGCACCGGGACCCUGUCCCACAGCUACCAGUAUGAGGUGUGUCUGACGGGAGGCUCAGGUACCAGCGAGUUCAAGUUCCUGAAGCCGAUUCUCCCCAACUUCCCUCCCCAGGUCACUGGGAGAGAAAUGGAGGAAAAUCCCACCUUGCGGAAUAGCUUCCCAUUCAGUUAAGUAUUGGCUUAUUCUACUAAACCCUACUUAGUAAAUUUGGAAAUCUCUUUUAACUUCAAGUUACAUAUUAUUGAUGAUCCCUUUCUUGAUUAUUUUACUACUGUUCCUUGGGGUGAAAUUAAAAGAAAUUCAGAUAGUACAUUUACAUAGUAUUUUCCUAUAUUAUUAGUAAUUUUAAAAUUAUUCAUUCAACUAUAUUUGAUAAUCUGAAUAAAAAGUGAAAUUUUAUUUGCUUAAUUUAAAAUAUUUGAAAUUCAAUUAUCUUUUCCUUUUACAAAAUUAUAUUCCAACAUCCUUAAGUAGGAUUGUAUUUCUAACUACUAGUGACAACUAUGAUCACUAUUGCUAUGUAGGAAAAAAUUUAACUGUGUUUGAUAUUAUUUCAUGUGUCCUUGUGGGCUGACCAAGUGGCUUAGUUGGUUCAGAGCUCUCUCGCAAGUGUGAGCUCUGAGCAACAGGGUCCUCAGUUCAAU